AGUAGGAGGAAGCGCUAACAGUUGCUGACAGCUUGUAGGAACCGGCGUCGAAUAUCGAGUCAUUCAUCACUUUCUUCACCGCGACAUUGUUACUCGCUUCGCCGCGGAGGAGUAAAAGACACAGCGACCAGGCAACACUUUGUCACCGUGAAAUAUCUUAUCGACACGCUAUCUGACGUGCAAGCCAAGCAACACUUGUAUGCUACAUUUGUUUCUAGAAGGGCCCCCGGACACUUCACGGGUAAACGGCGGCGGGAUGGAGACGCAGAUCCAUGUGCCGGUCGGCUCGCCGGUCAUACGAAGAAUUCCAAUUUUUGUGGACGAGCACAACGUGACGGAAGGCGCGAUGAAGCUCGUUAAAGAGCUGAGACCUGCGUGGGGGAAGGACCACGUCAAGACCAAGUUCUUCACUGAUGGGACAACCAACAAACUGGUAGGCUGCUAUGUGGAGGACAGUCCGGAAGACGUGGUCCUCGUCAGAGUAUACGGGAACAAGACUGAGCUAAUUGUCGACCGAGACAAUGAGCUCAAAAGCUUUCAGGUGCUGCAUGCAAACGGUUGCGCUCCUCGUCUGUACUGCACCUUUCAAAAUGGCAUCUGCUACGAAUUCAUGCAGGGGGAUGCUCUUGGGACACAAGACGUCAGGGAUCCUUCUUUACUCAGACUUAUAGCGAAAGAGAUGGCUCGUAUCCAUGCAAUCCAUGCACAUAAUGGAUGCAUCCCUAAACCCAACCUCUGGAUUAAAAUGAGAAAAUACUUUUCACUUGUGGCUACGGAGUUCACAGAACAAGCGUCCAACAUCAGAAUCCAGAAGGAAGUGCCUAGCAAGGACGUGCUGGAGCAGGAAAUUGUGUGGAUGAAAGAGCAUCUCUCUACGCUGGGUUCGCCUGUGGUGCUCUGUCACAACGAUCUGCUCUGCAAGAACAUCAUUCACAACAGCAAAGAGGCUCAUGUUCGCUUUAUAGACUACGAAUAUUCCAGUUACAACUACCAGGCCUUCGACAUUGGAAACCACUUCAAUGAAUUUGCAGGCAUGGCAGAGCUGGAUUAUGGGUUGUACCCAAGUCGGGAGAUACAGAUGGACUGGCUCAAAAUCUACCUGCAAGCAUAUAAACUGUUCACUAAGAAAACUGAAGAGGUCAGUGUCCAAGAGCUUGAGACACUGUACGUGCAGGUCAACAAGUUUGCUUUGGCUUCACACUUCUUUUGGGGUUUCUGGGCCCUCAUUCAGGCUAAAUACUCCUCCAUUGACUUUGACUUCCUCGGGUACGCUGUGUUGCGUUUCAACCAAUACUUCAAGAUUAAGCCCACAGUGAUGGCCUUACAGAUUCCAGAGUGACAAGAUGGAAGGACGUCUGGGUUCUUCUACUGAGGCCAGCACAUUUUUUGGACCAUCAAUUGUUCUACAUGGCACUUUUCUCUUCAGCAAGCCUUAAACUCUCCUUCAUUCCUCCUAGAAGUAGCUCAAAUUUGUCUAGCUCGAGAGCUUUCUGAGAUGAGUAUGGAUGUUUGUGUGCUUGUUAAACUUGUCCUCUUUCCAGGCGACUGAGCCCAGUGCAGAGUCUUGAGUUUGGGAGACAUCUCACUGGCUAUUCGCUUACACUUCCUGGUAGUGAGUCCACUGGAGAAGUUCCUCUGAUUGGUUUGAUGCUAAUUGUAACAAACAUCAAUACAGAUUUUCCACUGAAAGGUACUCAGACCAAUGCAGUGGAAAAGUGUUGCGUAGCGUCUUUAGUGCUGAAUGCACUAUGAUCCAGUGCCUCAGCAGCUAUUAAGAAGUAGUGUAACUUAACAGUUACAUUUGUGUGGGAUUUCUCAGACUCAAGACUAGAGUCUGUGUGGUGACACUGGUUCAGGUGUCAUCCGUUACCUCCUCUCUGGUGCUUUUAGCAGUUUCAGCUGAACUGCUGUUGCUUGUCACUGUCGGUUUUCCCUGAAUUUUGGGAAUAUGGAAGAGAAAAUAGUUUAUUUGCUUAUUUAUUUCAGGACUAAAUGGAUUGUUCAACAUCUCAGGUUCAGUUUUGGGAUGCACUAGGUUUGAUUGGACUUAUCUGACCCUCACAACCCCUUGCUUCCUUCCACACCUUCUUGACUUUUAUGGUCGCUUUGAGCCGCUUUGUUGAACUUUCCAUCUAAACUUUCCAUGGAAAAUCACCACCUCCUUCACUUUGACUUUAUGUCCUUUCCAUACUCAAACACCAAAAUGCUGUCAAAACCUUUUGACUUGAUCGCAGACACGUUUGAAUAAUGGCUCCAAGUCAGGUGGAUUUUGAAUGCAAUCAGCAGGAAAAAUACAGUAUGAUUGGGAAAAAAACACAAAUGUCUGAAUUUUGAACCGUGACUGCUCUUUGUUUUAUGGUCGGUUUCCUCAUUAAUGUGAAUUUAUUUUUAGGUUUUUUCAUUCCAAACCUAAGAAAGUGACAGUCACCGGAUUUCCAGAAAACUAAACCGUUGAGUACAGGUGAAACAUAAAAGAUUACAAUGUCGUGUAAAAGUCCAUUCAUGUAAAAAUUCAACUUCAAACGUGAAUAUAAAAUGUACGAUAAACUCAUUAAAUGCAAAGUGAAGUGUGUCAAGCUUUUCCCCAGCAGGAACAAGACAUUGAAAAACGUUUCAAACAACUUAAAACUUAACAUUGGAUCAACAUGCUUUUUGUUGACGUUUCCAUCAAUGUUGGGUUCUGACGUUGAUUUGACUGUUGAAUUUUGGUCAUUUCCUCACCAGUAUUCAAUAACACAAAGACAACGUUAAAACAACAUGCUUUUUGACAAUGUUUAUUUAAUGUCAGGUUGAGACGUUAAAUUGAACAUUGACAUUUGGUCCUUCCCAACCAACAACGUGGAUCCAACGUUGGACAUCAACGUUGUCUCAAUUUACAAAUCCAACUAUUUUGCAAUGUUGUUUCAAAGUCAGUUUUAAAGGACAUGUAUGUAUAAUCAACACUGUAUCAAUGUCUUUUGCCUGCUGGGUUAUUUGUUAUCAUUUUGAUGAUCAUCGUUUACAGUUUUGAAAACCCACAAUUUUCAAUUUGAGUUUUUUCCAAGUUGUAAGCCAUAAUCAUUCAAAUUAAAUCAAACGAAGUCUUGAAAUAUCUUGAGUUGCAUGUUAUGAGCUUAUGUUUUAUAUUAGUACCAUUUUGUUAACCUAAUUGCUGGUAUGAACGAACCUUUGCACGAUAUUCAAAUUUUUUUUGUUUCACCUGUAUCUGAUUAAUUUAAUUUAUGUUCGGACUCCUGUUAUUUUGGGUUAAAACUAACCCUAGUCCAGUUUUUAUGCGGGUACAGUUUGUUGGAAGUGUGAACCAGGGACCAGACAUAAUGAGCGAUAAUUCUCAGUACGCUUGCUCCACACGACUUUGGCAUUACUUUUUUUUUUUAAACUCCAACCGAGCCCCACAAAAUCGAUGGCUAGUAUAUUUGUGAUCCAGACCAGAGAACUAGUGUGAAUGCACACUGUAGCACAUCUAAAAAAUAACCAUCUUACCACAAUUACACAAUUAAUUCAUUGACAUCUCUGUUGUUCUAGUCUUUUGAAAGCAAUCUCAAUCGUUCUGCAUCAACUCUGUGACCGUUUCCCAAUCCCGAGAAAUUUUUUUCUGAGUACAGAAAGUGAAACGAGCUCAACUAUUGGAUAUGAGAAGAUAAUACACUCAAACAAGGUGAGGCAUCACACUCUUAUUGAGCUUUGACCCUCAGCACUGAACUUGUUAAAGUUAAAGUACCAAUGAUUGUCACACACACUAGGUGUGGCGAAGUUAUUCUCUCCAUUUGACCCAUCACCCUUGAUCACCCCCUGGGAGGUGAGGGGAUAAGUGGGCAGCAGCGGUGGCCGCACCCGGGAAUCAUUUUUGGUCAUUAACCCCCAAAUCCAACCCUUGAUGCUGAGUGCCAAGCAGGGAGGUAAUGGGUCCCAUUUUUAUAGUCUUUGGUAUGACUCGGCCGGGGUUUGAACUCACAACCUACCGAUCUGGACCAAGUUCAAUAAUUUACCAGGUGAGCUUCAGUUCCUCACUCCUGUAUCACAGGAAAUAUAAAGGUUAUUGACCAAAGGUAACUAGUCGCAGGGUUUUUCUUGGGUAACCUGCUUAGAUUUGCAGACAAAUAAAACAUAUUAACAGAUCAAGCUUUUGCACUAAACAAUGUUUAUCAGUGAUAUAAAGGGGCUUGCAAAAGUAUUCACCCAUCUUGAACCUGUCCAUAUUGUGUCACAUUACAACCCAUCCAUCAAUCCAUUUUCUACCACUUGGGUCCCUCUCAAGGUCACGAGGACAAAUAUGAAUAUAUUUUAUGUGAAAGACCAACAUAAAAUGGUAUACCAUUUGAAAAUGAAAGAAAAUAAUACAUUAUGGCUUUUUUUUUUUUUGCAAAGACAACAUUUUUGCACAUCUAGUGACAGAAAUGUUUGGCCAUUCUUAUUUGCUCAACAGCUCAAGGCAGAUUAGAUGGAGAGCAUUCGUGAAAAACAGUUUUCAGAUCUUGCCACAUAUUUUCAUUGGGUUUAGGUCUGGACUUUGACUGGGCCAUUCUAACACAUGAAUAUGUUUUGUUUUAAACCAUUCCCUUGUAGACCUGGAUUUAUAUGAACAUCCACCCCAGUCUCAAGUCUUUUGCAGACUCCAUUCAAUCAAUCAAAGUUUAUUUAUGUAGCCCUUAAUCACAAAUGCCUCAAAAGGCUGCAUAAACCACAACGACAUCCUCGGCUCUGAUCCCACAUCAGGGCAAGAAAAAAGCUUAGCCCAAUGGGAAUAAUGAGAAGCCUUGGUAGGGACCGCGAUGUGGGGCUUCUACUGAGGUAGUAUCUCAAACUGGAGCCCGACUAGAAAAUGCUCUAUAGCCCGCAGGCUCUGGGAAUCACUAAUAAACCGGAGUUCUUAGAAAGCAGAUUUCUGGCCGGGACAUAUGGUACACUGCAAUCAGAUAGGAUGGAGCUAGACCGUUAAGUAUUUUAUACGUAAGUAGUAAAACCGUAAAGUCACAUCUUAAAGGCCUACUGAAAUGAAUUUUUUUUAUUUAAACGGGGAUAGCAGAUCUAUUCUAUGUGUCAUACUUGAUCAUUUCGCGAUAUUGCCAUAUUUUUGCUGAAAGGAUUUAGUAUAGAACAACGACGAUAAAGAUUGCAACUUUUGGUAUCUGAUAAAAAAAAAGGCUUGCACCUACCGGAAGUAGCGUGACGUAGUCAGUUGAACAUAUACGCAAAGUUCCCUAUUGUUUACAAUGAUGGCAGCAUGAAGUGAGAGAGAUUCGGACCGAGAAAGCGACAAUUUCCCCAUUAAUUUGAGCGAGGAUGAAAGAUUUGUGGAUGAGUAAAGUGCAAGUGAAGGACUAGUGGGGAGUUGAAGCUAUUCAGAUAGGGAAGAUGCUGUGAGAGCCGGGGGUGACCUGAUAUUCAGCUGGG